AUGCCUGAUCGCAGGGCGAUCCGGCCCAUCCCGCCCAAGAAGGCCGUCCAGUGGAGGGCAUACGACGGCCUGCUGGCUGGCAUCUUCAAGAAGUGCGACGACAAGUGGAGCUGGAUCAAGGGCGGCCAGGACUCCGUGAAGUUCCUGGCGGAGCUCAUCCAGGAACUCCGCGACUACGAGGACACGAUGGGCAACCGCCAGGGCCCGAAUGCUCCUGUGGCCGCCGUGGAGGCCUACGCUUUCUGCCUGAAAGUCGGGCGAUACGCCAUCAGCAGAUGCGAGAGCGAUGGCAAACCGGGCGAGAGCCGCGAGGCGCAUCAUGAUGGCAAUGGUAAGCGGAAGAAGCAGCGCACUGGCCCGGAGUCAGCGGCGGUGGUGGGCGGCGACGACGAGAUGAGUGACAAUGAGGUCGUGGUUGUGGAGGAUGACGAGAGCGCUGGCUCUAAGAAGGCCGACGACCCGCCGAUGCCCGUAGUGGACACCGCCUGGUUGAGCUAUCUGGCCCAGUGUACUGCACCCAGCCUGCUCAGCCGCCCCGAUCAGCAGGAAGUGCACGGCAAAGGCGGUGACGACCUGCAUUGGACCUGGCCUGACCAGCCUGAGGAAGAGGAGAAAAGGGUCUACGCGGAGCGCAAGACUGCUGGCGAUUCAGACGAGGACGCUCAGAAGGCAGCUUCAGAAGCCGCGGCGACCAAGUCGAAGGCUCUGAAGGAAGCAAAGAUGGUGAAGAGCCAGGUCAAGAAGAACCAGCCACAGUCGGCGGCGGCGGCUAUCGAUGCUCCGGAAACGGCGCCUCAGAACAACACCCAGUACUACGAAGCGCUCAUCGACGCCGUCAACGUGAUCCUUCAGUGCCCCACCUUCGUUGACCUUCAGACGCCGCUGCCGAUCAACACCAAGCCGGGAGAAGACCAGUCAGGAGUUCAGGCAGUUUUCGACCCACGGGAGUGCAAGGCAGCAUUGACGAAGGAAGGAUGCUACAGGGCCGCGAUCAACUUGAUGUGGAUUGACCCAUUUGGGCCCACAACGCCCACAGUACCGCUCAGUGUGGAGAGGGUCCGGGAACUCGGGCAAUUUGCUUGUCCCGCCGGGGAUGACUUGACCGAGAACUUCACAGUCGCGGUCGACAGCCCGGACCAGGACAUGCUGGAUAGCAAGGGGAAGUGGAAGGCUGUGAGCCCGGAGGAAAUGCAGCACGCCCUGCUGUUCACCUUAGCGGAUGUCAUCAAAGACCAGGCGCCUGAUGAGAAGCUUGCUGCCUGGCGCCGGGUCUUUUUGUCGGCGCCGGCAGUGUUCACAGUGGUGGGCGGGGGAGACAGCUUGUACUGGCACAGCUUCCACCGGAGGCAGCAAGUGGUGCAGACUUACGACUCCCUCAAGAGAAGCGCUCGACAACUCGCUUUUGAGGUGACUGCCUUCAAAAACAAGAAGGAGUCCGAGGCUGGCGAGAGACUUGGAGUUAAGGAGGUGCAAGACAUCUUCCGGUCCAAGGCCCACCUCAUGGCGAAAUCCUCCGUGAAAGGCGACAUGGCGGAUGGAUUCGUGAAGGACUGCCUGUUCGUCUAUGAGAAGUUGCUCGUGGACACAACCUGCAACGAGGUGCUGGACAAGUUGGAGAGCAAGUGUGGCUUGGAGUCGCCAUUGAACUCCCUUCAGAAACUUCGGGUGCUGAUUGCAAAAAGCGAGAACAUGGAGACCAGGCAAUGGAUUCUGAAAGUGAUUUGCGACAUGGUGGAGGGAGGAGCGCUUGAGCGCGAGACCAUCACCAAGACCUACCUCGCUGGGACGCCCACAGCCGCAUCGCUGGUCGAGCUGUUGAAGCUGAAGCGAACUGUGGCGCAUCACUUUUUGCAGGUGGAGAUGCCACGCAGCCAGUUCGACACUCAGGACCUUGCCAAGAUCCACUCGAAGAUCAUGACGAUUUGCAGCUACCGGAAAUACGUGACCGCUGCUAACCUUGAAGGUCCAUCUGAAGUUCAAUGGAUGUCUUCGUUGAAGCGCUCCAGCAUGCUUGUGCUGAGGUUGAUCGAGGACAUCCUGUACACGACGACGCUCAACGGCCCCUUGAUUGCUCUUCUGAAGAAAGGAAAGGGAGCCAACCCGCUUGAGCUGCUCGAGAUCGAGACGUUCAGUCUACGAUGGAAGGCUUGCGUGGCAGCAAAAGACAAUGAACUAGCUGCAGAGAAAGCGCUCUACAAGGCGGCCGAGGAGGAGCAGGACGAGCAGGACGAGUGCACGAAGAUCGCGCAGGGCAGCGUGGCUCCGCAGCCUUCAAAGUACCCCAAGGGCUCGGCUGAGCAUUGGACAGCGACGGCAGCGCAACAGGUUGCGAUCUAUGUGUCGUUGCGGGCCGAGCCUCCAACCCAGUCUGCCGUUGCCCGGGCCGUAGGGGAUAGCGGCCUGAAUGGCGACCUCCGCGGCGUGCAGGGCAAGAGCGGUGUCAUGAUCCACUUUGACGCCAACCUGUUUGCAGAGGCCGCCAAAAGGCCUGACCGAAGGUUUCCGCCACUGAGCCCAGCCCUCAUGAAAAAGUUGAUCCACGGCAGCAUCAAGGGCCGCGGCGGCCUGGCGAACAAGAAGGUGGCAGAGGAUCACUUCGACCGUCCAAUUGACGGAGACUUCAUUUUCUUGAACGAUGCUGGGCGGAACGUGCUGGAGAGCCUCUUGGCGCCGCUCAAGUCGAAGGAUGGCAAGCGGGCCUUGGCGCACUACCUGGAGCACACGGAGAUCACGCUGUGCCUCAGCCAGGAGUCAAUGGAAGGAAAGAAGAAACUGAACCGCGGCAUGAUCAACCAGAUUCAGCGCUGGCAUUUGAUCAGCACCGAGCCCAUGAAAGAGAUGUACGGAGACAAGAUGAUGGGCGCAGAUUCUGCCGAGGACCCAAAGGAGAAUGAAGAACAGCAGCGAGACGGUGACUCUUAUGAGCCUGCCUUCUUCAACCACUUGCCGGUGACGCUGUACUCAGACGCCCUGGCCGCGUACGAGAUCACAGGCGUGCUGGAUUGCACGCCAGGCGCAGGAGAUCUGGCCAAGGCGGCCUUGGAUUCCUUACAUGGCCCUGACCAUGACAGAGACUCACGCUUCGCUUCUCCAGAGUGA